GCUAAAAAGCCAGGAGCUCUUUUCCCCUCCCCCCUCUCGCUCCUCCCUUUUUGGAUUCUCCCCAUCUUGAGGCAUCGCCUGUCUGCCCCCAUCGGCCCAAGCCCACCACUCCCUUUGAGGAAUCGUAAAUCCUUGCCUCCUCUGCUCCUUCUUCUUCUUCUUCAGCUGUCCAGCCAGCCUCGCCUCCAAGGGAAGGGAAAGGAGACAAGUGGUGGAGCGGCGUCUCUCCGUGCUGCCAUGCAAGUGCACGCUCACGUUUCUUGCAGGUGUUCCUCCCGCGCGGCCAGUGAGUACUCUACUGGUGAGUGAGGAGUGAGUGGGUGAGUGAAUGGGAACUCAGGCAAUGCCGUCCGGUGGGGCCAUCUCGCGCCAGGGCUCGCUCUGCAGCCUCACGCUGAGCGACGUCGAGGGCCAGCUGCACGGCGUCAACCUCGACGACCUCCUCCGCACGGCCGGCUCGGCCAGGAGGACGGCUGACGAGGUGUGGCGGGACAUCCACGGCGCCGACGGCGGCACCAGCCGACCGCGGGCCCAGAUGACGCUGGAGGACUUCCUGUCCAGGCCCGGCGGCGACGCGGGGGGCGCCCACUGGGCCGAGCAGUACAAUCCCCCGGCCCCGGUCCCGGUGCCGGGGCAGCAGCGCCACAACAACGUCGCCCGUCCCCUCCCGCGGCCGCUGGGGGUGGGCGCCGGGCCGGUGCUGGACGCGCUGUACCACGACCACGACGGGGCCACCAUGUCCGGGCAGAAGCGUGCCGCCGUGGGCGGCCCCGGGGAGAAGACGGUGGAGCGGCGAAAGAAGCGGAUGAUCAAGAACCGGGAGUCGGCGGCGAGGUCGCGCGCGAGGAAGCAGGCGUACACGAACGAGCUCGAGAACAAGAUCUCCCGACUGGAAGAGGAGAACGAGCAGCUCAGGAGUUACAAGGCAUUCGAACCGGUGGUGCACUGUGUGCCGCAGCAGGAGCCGAAGAACCAGCUCCGGCGGAGGAACUCGGCCAGCUUCUGAUCAUCAUCAUGUUAAUAGUACUAGUGUUGUACUGCCCGGCACUAAGGUUGCCCAAUUUGUAACUGACUUACUCCGAAAAACAUUUAGCUAGUAGUACUAGUAAGAAUACUCCUCUGCGAUCUCCGACUUGCUGUGGCGUAUGGCAAUGCGCAAUUGCUGGUUGCUGCACACCGCAUUGUACUCCGAUCCUGCGCUUUUUUUUUCCCAGCUGGUGCAUUGCUUUCUGCAGCCUGUGAUUGCAAGAGUAUCCCAGUUAAGCUGUGUAGUGUUGUAUCUGGAAACAGAAUUGCUAGCCUAGCGGUAAUAUUCCAGUCUUUCCAGCUCUUUACCA